UAAUAAUUUAUUAUUUGAAAUAAAUAAUUUCCGAAAUCCGCCAUCCUACAUAUAUAUUGUGAGAUUAAUCAUAAAAAUCUUAAAAUGUAAUAUGGGAAGACAGUACUGCAAUUUGCAAACUAGAUUCUAAAGAAUUCAUUGAGCAUAUUAUAAGAAAGUAUCGAGUGGAUUAGCAAAUCUGAAUCAUACAAUAAAGUAAAAAGAAUACUGCUUACUAAAUAUUGAGCGCAAACGUUCAUCGAAGAAGAUUAUUAUGUUUGGGAUGAGAUUAUAUAUUUUAUUGAAAAGUUUAAUGCUGACGAAGACAGCUAUCGCAAUUUUGACGAAAAAUCAUGCCGUUUCGGAUAAUCUUCAGGAAGAAUGCCAUUCGGACAUGUGCCCGAAUUUAAAUUUCACGCAGCCUGAUCACAAUCAUUUUGAUAGCGUGACUAUAAAAAAUGAAAUCGAUAAAGUUACAUUUGCAAAUAUGUCUAUAAAUCCAGGAUCUAUUGAAAUCAUUCCGAACAAGCUAAGAGCAUUUGUAGAGUUCGACGAAUUUCUAAAUAAAAAAGACAUUUCUGUGACAUUCAGAUGGGGCCUACCUGAAUUUACAAAAGAAGUGAUACAAGCAAAAAUUUGGACGAAUCAGAUUCGUCCACAAUACAAGACCUGGAUAAAAGGAUACACAGUGCAGUGUUGGUUUAUCGAGACAAAAAAGAUUGAAAUCUGCGAUGAUAGAAGGAUCUUAACUGCAAUGGAGUGCAUAAAGCAUAAUCUAAAACCCAACACGACGUACUAUUUCCGUGUGCGAAUGCAUACUAAAACUGGUGUUGGUCCUUAUACGAAUUUAAUGAAUGUAUCAUCGACACAUGAAAAUCCGAUACCUAAAUUACUGAUUCGAUCGGAAAAAAGUGUCCAAAUAUUUGAUUUAGAUUCAAAAACCUACGUCGAUCUCUUUAACUAUUUUAUGAACAUACCAGAAAUCAUUCAUUCGAUAGUGAGACAUAACAUUUAUUGGAUCGAUUACGAGAACGAUUAUACCUUAAAAAAGCUAAUGACAUGGAAUAUAAAUAACAACAUUAGCACAAAAAUAAUUAACAUCAAAAAUAUUCCAUACAAUCUGUGCAUCGACUGGAUAGGAAGAAAUCUAUACUGGAUAGAAUAUGAACCAAAAAACAACAUUAUAAUGAAGCUGGACUUAACAAUGCGGGAAAAUGGCAUAUUCAAAUAUGACAAGAUUUUGAGCAGAAAAAAUUAUAUUUAUUUAACAGUAUUACCAUCCAUAGGAUUGUUAUAUUGGAUAGAAGAAGGUUUACAUAACCAGUAUAUAAUAAUGAAAUCGGAUCUUAACGGAAAAAACGUGGAAUCUGUUCUAAAAAGCAAUAUGACCUUCUGUCGAUAUAAAAUACCAAUCUUUCAUAUUAAAUUUGAAACAAUAUUUGACACCGCAAAAAAAGAAGUGCCGCUAAUAUAUUGGAUAGAAACAAAUAAAUUAAUUGUAGUGGACCUUAAGUUAAACAAAUGCAACAUAAUUUUAAUCGCUGAAAACGCACAGCUUCAUUCACUCUUAACAACUGACAAAGAAAACAUUUACGCAUUUGAAAGCAAACUAACAGAUACUGACAUUUAUAUUAAAAAGAAAUACGCACUUAUUGACAGUGAAAAAAACGCAUUAAGACACGUGCAAAUAGUAAAAAGCAAGAAUUACUUAUAUUAUAUGACAUCUUACAGUAAAUCAUUACAACCAUACCCUCGGACGGAGUGUCUUACGCCUGACAAAAAUUCUACUUUUACAAUAGUAAGAAUAACAGCGAACAGUCUCGUCUUGAACUUACCAGAACCGAUUCCUAAGAGUGGAUGCAAAAACAACCUACCAUCUAAUAAAUAUACCAUCCUUAUAAGCUAUUGUUUGGACAAUUGUCUUAACAAGUUCGACAAAUUUAAUAUCCACACAUAUGAGCGGCGUUAUGAAAUUCAGAAUUUAACACCGUUUACAAAAUACAAUCUAAAACUAGCCCUAAGCAAUUUUUAUUCUGAUCAAUUAUCAAUGGAUCUGCAAUUUGAUUCGGAACAAAUAGUGAGAACUAACGUGGGCAAGCUAAAUGCACCGGAAAAUGUAACGGUUCAGGUUCUGACACCUACUAUAGCGGCAGUUUCUUGGACGCCACCAACGAAAUUGAAUUGUGUAAUAGUGACUUAUAAAGUAUAUUGGGAAUCUAUUAGCUCGAUGAACAGCACGCAACCGAUAAAAGAACCAUUUAUUAAUAAACGUAAGGCAGACAACAAAUUUUUCACAAUAAUUAAGCAGUUGCUGCCAGAACAGAAAUACUUGGUAUAUGUGCGUGUGUAUCCAGCCAAUUACAGCAAUCUUUAUAAUGACAGUUUAAAAAUUGUGCACAUGCACUCGGAACCGAACAUAACUUUGAGCGGAGUUAGCAUUAACAGUAUGAAUAUUUCGUGGAUUCCUACCGUCGAUCAGACGAUCCAUUACAUAUUAGAAUACAAAAAUGAUGUGAUGCAAAAGUGGGAAAUUGCAGACAACUUUGAAACGAAUAAUGAAACAGUAAUGUACUAUAUAGAAAACUUGCUACCGGCAACUUUAUAUGAGUUUCGUUUGACAUAUCCCGAGUAUGAGAACUUAACAUGGCCAUCUGAUGAAAAAUUUUUUACUUUUCAAACACUUGGAACAAUUCCGAGCGAGCUAAGAGCAUUCGUAGAGUUUGAUGGAUUCCUAAAUGAAAAACUAAAUAUUUCUGCAACAUUCAGAUGGAACCAACCUGAAGUUGCGGAUAAUAUACAAGGAUAUACAGUGCAAUGUUGGUUCAUCGAGAAUCUAAAAGAUAUUCAAAUCUGUAACGACAAAACUAUCUUAACUACAAUGGAGUGCACACAGCAUAAUUUAAAACCUAACACGACGUAUUAUUUCCACGUACGAGCGCGUACUGAAACUGGUGUUGGUCCUUAUACGAAUUUAAAGAAUGUAUCAACGACGCACGAAAAUCCGAUACCUAAAUUAUUGAUUAUAUUUCGUAAAAGUAUUGCAAUGUGGGAUGUCGAUUUAAAAACUUACAUUAAUGUCUUUAAUACCUUUAAUCACGAUUUGAAUUCAGUAUUAGAUGUUGUUUAUUCUGUAGCAGAGCAUAAAAUUUAUUGGAUCCGCGAUGUAAUGAAAUAUGAAUACAUAAAUGAACAUGAAUCCAUACACAUGAAUGGUGCUGGUUACCGAACAGUUAAUGACCGACAGCUAAUGACAUGGGAUAUGAAUAACAAUAAUAUUACAAAAAUAACUAGCCUUAAUAUAAAUUCACAUAAUCUCUGCAUCGAUUGGAACAAAAAUCUAUAUUGGGUGGAAAAUCAUGAAUCAGUCUAUUACGUUAUGAAGCUGGACUUAACAAUGUGGCAAAAUGGCAUAGUGAAUCCUGAUAAAAUCUUGAGCAAAAAAAAAUAUUUUUACUGGAUAGAAAAGUUAUCAGAUAUGCAGUUUGUAACAAUGAUAUCGGAUCUUGAUGGAAAAACUGUGCAAUCUAACAUAAAAAUUGCGAAAAAUAUGACUUCCUGUCCAUAUCAAAUAUCACACUUAAAAACUCAUAACAUAAUACUUGAUACCACAGAUACAGAGCCGCUAAUAUACUGGAUACAAAACUAUACAUUAAUUGUAGCAGACAUUAAUUUCAAUACAUGCAAAUGGAUUUCAUACGAAGAUAAAAACUAUAGAUUGUAUGAAAACUCUCAAAAUAUAAGAGUUGACAAGACAUACAUUUACGUAUAUUCAUCUUAUCUGACAGAAUUUACGCCAAAUAUUAUUCUCUAUGUUUUUAAAAAAAAGUAUACACAUCUCAACAAUGAAAAAAAUGAUUUUAAAAUAGAACAAAUCCAAAAAAUCAAUAAUAUCGAUAAUAAAGGUUUCAAUUACUUUCGUUACAUUACUCCUUUCAGUAAAUCAUUACAAUCUUACCCUCGGAUGGAAUGUCUUACGCCUGACAAAAAUUAUACUUUCAUAAUAGUAAAAAUAACAGCAAACAGUAUCGUCUUGAACUUACCAGAACCGAUUCCUAAGCGCGGAUGCAAAAACUACCUACCAUCCAAUAAAUAUACCAUCCUUAUAAGCUAUUGUUUGGACAAUAAUCUUAACAAGUUCGACAAAUUUAAUAUCCACACAUAUGAGCGGCGUUAUGAAAUUCAGAAUUUAACACCGUUUACAAAAUACAAGCUAAAACUAGCCCUAAGCAAUUUUUAUUCUGAUCAAUUAUCAAUGGAUCUGCAAUUUGAUUCGGAACAAAUAGUGAGAACUAACGUGGGCAAGCUAAAUGCACCGGAAAAUGUAACGGUUCAGGUUCUGACACCUACUAUAGCGGCAGUUUCUUGGACGCCACCAACGAAACUGAAUUGUGCAAUAGUGACUUAUAAAGUAUAUUGGGAAUCCAUUAGCUCGACGAACAGCACGCAACCGAUAAAAGAACCAUUUAUUAAUAAACGUAAGGCAGACAACAAAUUUUUCACAAUAAUUGAGCAGUUGCUGCCAGAACAGAAAUACUUGGUAUAUGUGCGUGUGUAUCCAGCCAAUUACAGCAAUCUUUAUAAUGACAGUUUAAAAAUUGUGCACAUGUACUCGGAACCGAACAUAACUUUGAGCGGAGUUAGCAUUAACAGUAUGAAUAUUUCGUGGAUUCCUACCGUCAAUCAGACGAUCCAUUACAUAUUAGAAUACAAAAAUGAUGUGAUGCAAAAGUGGGAAAUUGCAGACAACUUUGAAACGAAUAAUGAAACAGUAAUGUACUAUAUAGAAAACUUGCUACCGGCAACUUUAUACAAGUUUCGUUUGACAAUGACAUAUCCCGAGUACGAGAAUUUUACAUGGCCGCCUGAAGACAAAUUUUUUACUUUUCAAACACUUGAUGACGGUUCCAGUACUCUAGCUAUGAAAUAUUAUCUAUUAUUAGCGAUAAGCCUUGUCGCUAUCUUUAUCGUAAUCUGCAUUAACUACUUUUACCGUUUGUCUCGGCGCAGAAAAAGUAACAAUCAAGUUUUGACUACGACAAUGCCCGACGCAGAAUUAACGAUUUUACAUGAGGUACCUAUCGGAAACGUUUAUCUCAAUACGUUAUAUAGUUCUACGUUACAACAUAAUCCCAAUAAAUAUAUGUUGACCAAAAUAAAACGUGAGCAAAUCACGCUAACAAAACUUCUUGGUAGAGGUGCAUUCGGAAUGGUGUUUCAAGGGAUUGUCAAAGAUUUAGAAAAAUCGGACUCGGAGACAUCUGUUGCCAUAAAGACGUUAGAAAAAUGUGCUUCAAAAGAAGAGAAAAAGAAAUUCUUGCAAGAGGCAAGGCUUAUGAAUCUCUUUAGACAUAAACAUGUGCUAAGAUUACUAGCCGUCUGCUUAGACGAGGAUUCUCCAUUACUUGUGUUGGAAUUAAUGGAGAAUGAUCUGCAAAAAUAUUUGAGAGAGUAUCAAAUAUUACAAUCUUCUGAUUUGCACGCUUUGCGUGUACAAGACUUGCUUGCUAUGUGCGAAGAUGUUGCGCGAGGCUGUUGCUAUUUGGAAGAGCUGCGCUUUAUACAUAGAGAUCUUGCGUGCCGAAAUUGUUUAGUGUCUGCGAGAGAUCGCGAAAAUCGUAUCGUUAAAAUCGGCGAUUUCGGACUUGCUAGAGAUAUUUAUAGGGAUGACUAUUAUCGCAAGGAAGGAGAAGGUCUGCUUCCUGUUCGCUGGAUGGCACCGGAAUCUAUAGUAAAUGGAAUAUUUACUUCUCACAGUGACGUUUGGUCAUUCGGAGUGCUAAUGUGGGAGAUUACAUCGUUAGGCGAGCAACCUUAUUCCUCCAGAACUAAUCUCGAAGUGAUGGAUUACAUACGCACUGGAGGCAGAUUGCAGAUGCCUCUUAACUGUCCAUCCUCGUUAUACCAGUUGAUGCAACGUUGCUGGAGCGUUGUAGCGAAUGACAGACCAAACUUUAAACUUUGUCUGAACAAUAUUAUAGAUCUGAGAAGCGACAUAGAGGAUGCAAAAUUGCAUCCAAUGAAUCUAGCUGGCACAAUUAAUUAAUUAUUCGUACAUGUAUAUAUUUUAAGGAGAAAGUAGUGUUUGCAUAAUUGUUUAUUACAAUAUCGUAACAUCAUUAUACCUGCAUUAUUUUUUAAUGAAAAUUAUUGAAUUAUAUUUCUCAAAGUUG